UGAAAACAGCUGAAAAAGAACCAACUGAAGAUAUUCUAAAAGAAUUAAACAAUCCUUUAAUAGAAAAUCAGACUAUAGAUAUUAACAUAGUAGUAGAUCCACUAACCACCCUUUAUGAUGGCUUCAAGGUUGCUGAAUUCUCUUUCAUCAGCAAUGAUGACAAUAAAUUUCAAUUGGUGGUGUCAAAAGAAAAAACACAAGAGUAA